CACGUCGCUCAGGGCGCGCGCGCGGAUGGGAAGCACGACGCGACCGAGACGCACGUCGAGACGGCGAUGUGGCAGACCGCGCGUCCUGCGAUGCGUGCGUUGUCGGACAUCGUCGACACUUGGGAACGCUUCGCAAAGUGCGUUCCAUCUUUGCGUCACCGUCGGGUUUCGCAUUUUCGGGCAGCCGGUCAUCACGCGUUCGGUGCACUAGAUAACAACGCGUUACCUCAACUGGAGAGAGGCCUUGGAGCUUAGGAGGUACGUG